CGCCGUCGGGGCUCGUCGGCCACCCGCUCCCGUAGACUUGCCGCCAUGGGCUCGUCUAAAAAGCACCGCGGAGAGAAGGAGGCGGCGGGGACGACGGCGGCGGCCGGGACUGGGAGCGCCAGCGAGCAGCCACCGCGCCAUCGGGAGCACAAAAAACACAAGCACCGGAGUGGCGGCGGCGGCGCUGCCAGCUCCAAAACUAGCUCAGGAGAUGCCUCAUCACUCAGCAUUGAGGAGACCAAUAAACUCCGGGCAAAGUUGGGGCUGAAACCCUUAGAGGUCAAUGCCGUCAAGAAAGAGGCGGGCACCAAGGAGGAGCCCGUGGCAGCUGAUGUCAUCAACCCCAUGGCCUUACGACAGCGUGAAGAGCUACGGGAGAAACUGGCAGCUGCCAAGGAAAAGCGCCUACUGAACCAAAAGCUGGGGAAGAUAAAGACGCUGGGCGAAGAUGAUCCCUGGUUGGAUGACACUGCAGCCUGGAUCGAGAGGAGCCGGCAGCUGCAGAAGGAGAAGGACUUGGCAGAGAAGAGGGCCAAGCUGUUGGAGGAGAUGGACCAAGAAUUCGGUGUCAGCACGCUGGUGGAGGAGGAGUUUGAGCAGAGGCGGCAGGACCUGUACAGUGCCCGUGACCUUCAGGGCCUCACUGUGGAGCAUGCCAUUGAUUCCUUCCGAGAAGGGGAGACACUGGUCCUCACCCUCAAGGACAAAGGUGUCCUGCAAGAGGGAGAGGAUGUGCUGGUGAAUGUGAACCUGGUGGAUAAGGAGCGUGCCGAGAAGAACGUGGAGCUGCGGAAGAAGAAGCCUGACUACCUGCCCUAUGCGGAGGAUGAGAGUGUGGACGACUUGGCACAGCAAAAACCCCGCACUAUCCUGGCUAAGUAUGAUGAGGAGCUGGAGGGCGAGCGGCCAUCCUCCUUCCGUUUGGACCAAGGUGGCACAGCUGACGGCCUUCGGGAGCGCGAGCUGGAAGAAAUUCGGGCGAAGCUGCGGCUACAGGCUCAGUCCCUGAGCUCCAUAGGGCCCCGACUUGCCUCCGAGUACCUCACACCUGAGGAGAUGGUAGCCUUCAAAAAGACCAAGCGAAGGGUAAAGAAGAUCCGCAAGAAGGAGAAGGAAGUGGUAGUGCGGGCAGAUGACCUGCUGCCUCUCGGGGACCAGACUCAAGAUGGGGACUUUGGCUCCAGACUGAGGGGCCGAGGUCGGCGCCGAGUGCCGGAGGCAGAGGAGGAACCUCCAGAGGAUGAAGAUAAGGAGCCUGUGUCCCAGCCCCCCGCGUCAGAUGACACCCGCGUGGAGAAUAUGGACAUCAGUGAUGAGGAGGAUGGGGGUGCUUUGCCAUCAGGCUCUCCCGAGGUGCUCGAGGAGGAUGAGGCGGAGCAGGAGCUGCAGAAGCAGCUGGAGAAGGGGCGUCGGCUGCGGCAGCUGCAGCAGCUCCAGCAGCUGCGAGACAGUGGUGAGAAGGUGGUGGAGAUUGUAAAGAAGCUGGAGUCUCGCCAGCGCGGCUGGGAGGAGGAGGAAGACCCCGAGCGCAAGGGGGCCAUCGUGUUCAACGCCACCUCGGAGUUCUGCCGCACCCUGGGGGAGAUCCCCACCUACGGGCUGGCAGGCAACCGGGAGGAGCAGGAGGAGCUCAUGGACUUCGAACGGGAUGAGGAGCGUUCGGCCAAUGGCGGCUCCGAAUCGGACGGGGAAGAGAACAUUGGCUGGAGCACGGUCAACCUGGAUGAGGAGAAGCAGCAGCAGGAUUUCUCUGCUUCCUCCACCACCAUCCUGGAUGAAGAGCCCAUUGUGAACCGAGGGCUGGCGGCCGCUCUGCUCCUAUGUCAGAACAAAGGGUUGCUGGAGACAACGGUGCAGAAGGUGGCUCGGGUGAAGGCCCCCAACAAGUCACUGCCCUCAGCUGUGUACUGCAUCGAGGAUAAGAUGGCCAUCGAUGACAAGUACAGCCGGCGGGAGGAGUACCGAGGCUUCACCCAGGACUUCAAGGAGAAAGACGGCUACAAGCCUGAUGUUAAGAUCGAGUAUGUCGAUGAGACAGGCCGCAAACUCACUCCCAAGGAGGCAUUCCGGCAGCUGUCCCAUCGCUUCCACGGGAAGGGCUCGGGCAAGAUGAAGACGGAGCGGCGCAUGAAGAAGCUCGAUGAGGAGGCGCUCCUGAAGAAGAUGAGCUCCAGCGACACGCCCCUGGGCACCGUGGCGCUGCUGCAGGAGAAGCAGAAGGCCCAGAAGACUCCGUACAUAGUUCUCAGUGGCAGUGGCAAGAGCAUGAACGCGAACACCAUCACCAAGUGAAUGGCCUCACAUCCCAUCCCCUCCUCAACUGUAAUAUUAAAUAAAGCUCCCUCCUUAUUUUUUC